AUGGCUGCAAUCAGCUUCUCCUCUUUGCACGCCUCAGCCUCUCCCCGUGCAUUUCGUCCACAUGUUUCCCGAAAUACCCCGGGGCUUACUCUCUAUUCACGCUUCACACCAUCCUUCUCCUUUCCCUCUCUCUCCCUCACACUCCGUGACACAAUCCGAUCUCGUCGUCCCUUCUUAAUUGCCUCCGCCGCCAACAAAACUCUGGGAGAGACUGAGCUGAUUCCGAUUGCGGAAGCUGAAUCAAUCCCGGCCGCUUCCGGCGUCUACGCUGUCUACGAUAAGAGCGAGGAGCUUCAAUUCGUCGGAAUUUCGCGGAACAUCGCCGCGAGUGUCUCCGCACAUCUCAAAUCGGUUCCGGAGCUUUGCGCCUCCGUCAAGGUUGGUAUAGUAGAAGAACCGGAAAAAGCGGUUCUAACGCAAGCAUGGAAGUCAUGGAUAGAGGAGCACAUAAAAGUGACCGGAAAAGUCCCGCCGGGGAACAAGUCAGGGAACAACACAUUUGUGAAACAGGCUCCGAGGAAGAAAUCCGAUAUCCGUCUCACUCCAGGUCGCCACGUGGAGCUCACGGUUCCUUUAGAGGAACUGGUUGACCGGUUAGUGAAAGAGAGCAAAGUGGUAGCUUUCAUAAAAGGGUCGAGAAGUGCUCCUCAGUGUGGAUUCUCGCAGAGAGUGGUUGGGAUUCUUGAGAGCCAAGGAGUGGAUUACGAAACUGUAGAUGUGCUUGACGAUGAGUUUAAUCCAGGGCUUAGGGAGAAGCUGAAGAGUUACAGCAAUUGGCCAACGUUUCCGCAGGUGUUUGUGAAUGGAGAACUCUUGGGAGGUUGUGAUAUAUUGACCUCAAUGUAUGAGAAUGGCGAACUUGGCAAUAUGUUGAAUUAG